AUGUAUGUGUCCGCAGAACAUAGAGUUGCAGCAUGGUGUAGUGUGGCUGCACAACUUGUGCAACAUGGCCAUCGUGUGGACGCCCAACCUGCUGCGCUCGCCCGCGCCGCAGCACGCGCUGCAGAUCGUCGCCGUGCCGGUAUGUGUCCGCAGAACAUAGAGUUGCAGCAUGGUGUAGUGUGGCUGCACAACUUGUGCAACAUGGCCAUCGUGUGGACGCCCAACCUGCUGCGCUCGCCCGCGCCGCAGCACGCACUGCAGGGCGUCGCCGUGCAGGUAUGUGUCCGCAGAACAUAG